GGCGGCGACCCCGUCGGCAGACUGUACAGGACCGUGCGAGACUAGAUGAGGCAUUUCCACUCGCGCCGGGGAGAUUGGGGAUAUCGGCAGUUGUCUGAUGCCGAGGCGGACGAUUGUCGGGGGGACCGCAAGACCGAGCGUUGUGAGGCGUGGUGGUUUGCUCACGGACGUCAUCACCCUGAGUUGCGUAUCAUCGCCAUCCGUGUCAUGCACUUGUGGACGUCCGCCUCUCCUGCGGAGAGAAACAAGGCGCAGCACGAGCGCAUCAACACGGCGAGGCGCAACAAACUUGGGUUUGCCAAGCUAGCACAGCUGGUUGAGAUUGCCACCAAUCUCAAACUGGCCGCGUGCACACAGCAGGGUGGUGGCUACGUGUUGCCGUGGGUUAUGGGGACCGGUCGGAAGGGGACGGCGGGAAGGGGAGGAGGACGACGAGGGAGACGUGGAGCCCGAGAGCUACGGCCGUGGCCGGAGUACACUGCAGGGGCUGACGACACUCCGGACGCUAAUGCGGACGACGACACGUCCGACGACCAGUGGACGGACGAUCAUGACGCGGCCAUCAGUGGCGACGCGACGGUGGAGCGGGUGUAUUUCACUUACGGUGGAGGGCUUGACGGCAUGGCUCCACACACAUCCGUCAUCACUGACGAUGUGCCGUCGGGUGGACAGGCAAGUGGCACCAGCAGAGCCAGGGGUGGGGGCUUGGGGGAUUUGAGGGCCCCGAGACAGGGCGGUGCCUCGCCGUCGGAGCUCCGUACCGACCACUUCGAUGUGCGGGACCGUAUGGAGACCGCGGAGGAGCGAGAUGCCCGGCUGGAUAGAGACGAGGAGGAGCGGCUGCAUACUUUGCCGGGAUGGGAGGGUCGGUUUGCGUAUCUAUGGGAGCAGCGUCGACUGAGGGAGUUGGAGACAGGGGGGGGGUGGCGGCGUGGAGAUGUCGACGGCGACCAUCACGGCGAGGACGAGGACGGGUCCGACGACCGCGAUGGCAGUGACGACCACGGUGGCGACGACGAUGACGAGAUGCUCGUUUUGGUCAUGAGGGACCCUACACUACCUGCCCUGCGCCCCGACGACUUCACGCACGUUGAGCUCGACGCCAACGGUUUGGUGCAAGUCGGUUCACAGGACCCUUUCCCCCAUACGGGCCAUAGGAGCAGCGAGAGGCGCCCCCCUGGAGGGGGAUAUUCACCCCCGCCUUACCUCGUGCAGAACCCUCGAUGGUCGGGUUCGUCGCUUAGUGGCAUCAGAGGGAGGGAGUCCGGGGUGGUUGAGGGCGGGUCGAGCCGCCGCAGUGACGGCGGCGGAUCUUCCGGAUCGAUGCCCCCACCACCCGCACGGGCCUCGGAGGUGGGCGACGAGGAGACGGCGGCCUGUGCGCACGAGGAGGUGUCGCCGGCGGAUGGGCAGCUCAUCGACGGGUCACGGACUGCAGAGAUCGCCGCCGACCAGGCUGCAUUGGACGCGAUUCAGAGGCAGCGAGAGAUGAUUGUUGCAGAGGAGGCCGAGGACGAGGACGCUAACACAGAGUCCAAGCCGAUCGACAGUGCGGUCCGCAGACACAGAUCGGCCAUGGCCACGGCAGCCGCAGCAGCACAGGCGGCGUACAUCAGCGGUGCACAGGGCACAGGUGCUGGAGGCAGUGGAGGGGGUCCGGGAGGAGCGCAGAGUCGACAGUCCUCCGGGAGAGGCCGCGCACGUCCUCCUGCAGGGCGGGGCACGGGCCGCUCAUCUGGAGGGAGAGGGCGGCGUUAAUGUUUUUUUUUUUUUUCUUCUUUUUUCUUUUUGGUAGGACGUUUUGUUGAUAGGGCAGUUUCAUAGUUAUGUUGAUGUUGUUGCUCGAUGUGCAGCGCCAGGUCCACUGUGAUGGAUGGUACGAUCACAUUACUUUUUUGUUAGGUACUCUGUGUUACGGUUCAGAUGACGGGUCCGGUUUUUGGGUUCGGACAUGUACAUACGCAUUUCCAGUGGAGUGUUUUUUACUGCUUUGUACUUCUCCACGUUCCUCUUCUACCCUCGCUUUUGCAUGGAUGAUAUGCUAAUGAAUGUGUUGUUUCACA